UGACGUAAUCGAGCCGCUUUUAUUUUGCGUAACUUCCCACCGUACUUCCUUUUCAGCGUAGAGAGACAAGCGGGACGGUCUAGCAGAAUGAGUAAGGUUUCCAGGGACACACUGUAUGAAGCUGUGAGGGAGGUCCUCCAGGGCUCUGUGGCCAAGCCAAGGAAGUUCGCGGAGUCGGUGGAGUUGCAGAUCAGUUUGAAAAACUAUGAUCCCCAGAAGGACAAGCGUUUCUCUGGAACUGUCAGGCUGAAGACUCUGCCAAGGCCGAAGUUCUCUGUCUGCGUCCUGGGAGACCAGCAGCAUUGUGACGAGGCCAAAGCUGCUGACUUGCCACAUAUGGACAUUGAAGCUCUCAAGAAGCUCAACAAGAACAAAAAAAUGGUCAAAAAGCUCGCCAAGAAGUACGAUGCCUUCCUGGCCUCAGAGUCUUUGAUCAAGCAGAUCCCCCGUAUCCUGGGUCCUGGGCUGAAUAAGGCCGGCAAGUUCCCCUCCCUGCUUACUCACAACGAGAACUUGAUCACCAAGGUGGAUGAGGUCAAAUCCACCAUUAAAUUCCAGAUGAAGAAGGUGCUCUGUUUGGCUGUGGCCGUAGGACACGUGAAGAUGACGGAGGAUGAGCUUGUGUACAACAUCCACCUGGCUGUCAACUUCCUGGUGUCUCUGCUGAAGAAGAACUGGCAGAAUGUACGUGCCCUCUACAUCAAGAGCACCAUGGGCAAACCCCAGCGCCUCUACUAAAUCACAGCUUUUCUAUUAAUAAAAAUGUGGAGAUGCUUUGGA